CAAAUUUCUUAAAUAAUGUAAGCAAAUUGGAUAAAAUAAAAUUGAAGGUCGAUAACGUUAAAUGUAUGGGAUAAUGUUGGGAAUACUGCAUUUGUUCAUGCAGUCUGUUGAAUAAGAUAAAUUCAAAUUGCAAAGAAUCGACAAUAAUAUUUACAAGAUUUACAGUUUAGGUUAACUAGUAUUAAUCUUCUGUAGCUAACAAGAUGAAAUUCAGAGGAGUAAUGAUAGAUGAUUAUGCCAUGAAGGAAUUUAUGAAUAUUUCAAAUAGUCUUUCAAAAUUGUCCAAAGAAUGUGUAAUGAGAUUAACAGCAAGAAAAGUCUAUUUUAUUAUAUCCACUGAUGAUGCUGGUCCAAAGAAACCUUUUGUAUGGUGUGAAUUGCCCAUGAGCUAUUACUUCAAAGAUUUCACUUUUAAUGGUGAGAGUGAGGAAUUCAAUGAAAUCUACAUAUCCUUUGGAACUGCAAUGUUGGCCAAAUCUUUGAUGACUUUAAAAUAUAAUGGAAAAUCAUUGAAACUGAAGUUGACCAACAAGCAAACUCCUUGUUUAACUGUGGAUAUUGAACAAAAAUCUGAAAAUAUCUUGAGCAGGCAAUGUGUUCAUGACAUUCCAGUGGAUGUAAUAACAAGUGAUGAAUGGGGUGAUUAUUCAGAGCCAUCUUAUAAUGAUUUUCAUGUCUCCAUACAAUUACCAAAUUUAAAAACUAUCAAGAAUAUUGUUGAGAGGAUGAAGAACAUCAGCACAAAUUUAAUUGUGUCAGCAACAGAAAGUGGAAAGCUUAUUUUAAAAGUUAAAACACCAAUGGUUUCACUAUCUGCAAAUUUUCCUAAUUUAAGUGUGGAAUCUUUUGCAGUGGGUCAUAUUCCUACAUUAUCUGAAAUGCACAAUCAAAAUGACACAAACAAUGAGGAUUGUCAGGCUGUGUCAGCUGUUAUUGAUGUAAAAAAGUUCCUCAUGUUCCUCACUGGUUUGCAUAUAAGUAACUGCAGAACUAUAUGCAGCAUUGUGCAUGGGCAGAUGGUCAAGUUGCACCUGGAGCAGCCGGGAGUAUCCUCACUGCAGUGCUUUUUGAGUGAAAUCACUAUAUAACAAAAAGAAUAUACUCA